GCUCGUUGAUUUUGGUUUCAUAGUUGUAAACGCUUAUGUGAUCAGUUUCAUUCUUGUGUACUCUCAUCGAUCUGAAAAGCUCGUAGGAAUCUGAUUUCUGGUUGGGUUUAAGCGUACUGUCAUGUCAACUAGUGAUUAUAAUGCAAUUGUUCCUAUCAAGAAGAGGAGGUUUCCUUCAAUGCAAUCUCCUCCGCCCAAAGAAAUAUCUUCUCUUCCAUUAGUAGAUGAUAACAUAGCAAAAGUAGACGAGCCUUGCGUAUCAGAUGGUCCAACAGUUUCCAAUUCUAGUACAAUCACAACUUCUGAAUUUUCAGAGAAGAAGAUUUCAUUUUCUGAGGACGGUAAACGGAAAUCUGAUUUAUGCAAUAUGAAUAUGGUCCAAAGCAUUAUUGGACCUUCCAGAGUCGAGUUUCAGGAAAAUGAUGUGUGUUCUACUGGCUGCGUGGAAAAUAAAGAAACAUGUAUGGUGAAUGAAAAUCAUGCGCUUGUUCUGCAUGAGAAACCAGAGUUCAAGUUACCACAUUCUGAUGCUAACUCUAACCCUGGACUUUGUGCCGAAAAGGAAAGUGAUGAGAUUGACAGAAAACAACUUGAUAGAUUAGAGUUUUCAACUUCUGUAGCGAAAAAAGAAGCCGAAUUAUCAAUUGGUUCGAAGGAACAUCUUGUUCCAGACUCAGUUCUUGAAGGGAGUGACUUGAAAUCUCUGAAGCAGAUUAAUUUAGAACCAGGGUUAUUGAACUUAAGUUUAAGCAAGGAAGGAAGUCUCGAUCAGCCUCUCACUGUAAAUGUUGGGUCUAGUUAUGAUGGUUCUAUUCAGGAGUCAAAUAGGGAAAAUUGGGAUCUAAAUACCUCGAUGGAGUUUUGGGAAGGCUGUUCAAGUGGCGAUCCUCCCGAGCAUGUUCCAGCAGUUCAGACAAACACGGUUGUCACUAUGCACAGAUUCUCAACAGAAAUGGUUAAUACUGAUACUCUGUCAGGAAAGCUAACUCCUUUAGAUGACAGUGAUCAUCUUCAUCUAAGUCUUAGUUCAUCAGAUCAUAGGCAUGUAAUAAGUCAGGAACAAAGUUCAUUUGUCAAGUUAGGCUUUAGGAAAACAAGUCCUUCUUUAAGCUCAACAGGAAGAGGUUUGCAGUUUGAUGAUCUUAACGGUGCACUAAAAGUCGUAAAGCCAGAGCCAUUUGUUGAGGCUUCCAAACUCGAGUCUAAAAGUGAUGAAGUUAAUGUGCUGGGAUUAUCAGACAGUGCUAUUGUGAAGCGCGAAUUUCUUCAAAUUCCCAAUGCUUCAGAUAUUUAUAUACCAAUGAACACAGUUAAGGCCAAGUCUGUUAACUCUGAAUCAAAUUACGAAAGCAAACAGGUAGCACUCGAAACAUUAGGUGGUAGAUUAGAUUUGGUAGCUAAGCAAGUUCUUCCAGAGGUAGAUAGUUCUUGUCCUGCACCGAUGCCUUUUGUGGCAGAGAUGACUGAAGCAGCUGGAAACUCUUGUUCAACUGAUUUGAUCACAGAUGGAGGCAUGUCAAACCAUUCAGAAUUGCAAACUCCUACUGAAGAACAUCUUAAUUUGAAAGUGCACGAAGGAGCAUAUCGUUGUGGUGGUGAACUCGUCGAUUCAGAAAUGACUGAUAUAAGUAAGGAUCCAGGUUCCAAAGAUUUCAAUAGUCCUAUUAUAAAGCCUAUAGCAAUGCCUAGAAAUCCUUCUCGUACAAAUGAUUCAAUUAUAGAGGCAAACAUGUCAAGCCCUUCCGAAUUACAUAUUCCAACUACAGGACCUCUUAAUACGAAAGUGCACCAAGCGGGAUAUGGCUGUGACGGUGGACUUGUGAAUUCGGUAAUGACAGAUGUAAGUAAGGAUACAUGUUCCAAAGAUUCCAGUAGUUCUGUUAUAAAACCAGUCAUUGUUGAAGAUGAAAAUCAGAAUAACCCGCUCUGGCGUCCUUCGACACACACGAAUGAGCAGUGCUCUAGUUUGCAGGGAGGUGAGGAAAGUUCUGUAAAUGAUGAGGAAAAGAUCAGUCUAUCAGCCGAUUUAUUAGAAGAAGAUCCAUAUAGUUCUGAAUAUGAAUCAGAUGGUAAGUUGGAUGUAAAUGAGGCCAUGGAUGCAGUUGAUAACGAUAUAGAAGAAGAUUAUGAAGACGGAGAGGUUCGGGAACCGACAUUGACGACUCAAGUAGAAAGCAGUAUAUGCGAGACGAAAAAAGUAAAAAAUUUUGAUCAUGGUGAUUCUAGCAAUGGACUGCCUGGUUCUGAUUGCUGUUCCUCCUUGGUUUCUGUUAAGCAGGAAAAUAAAUUAGAAAUCCUCGAUGUUAAACGAGAAGACAAUCUUCAUUCUGUAACUUCGAAUCAAUCGUCCGAGCAAGAACGAUCGAAAGAGUUGCCUGUCGAAGAGCAUACCACUAGAGUGUGUUUGAACAAGGCCAACAAGGCUAAAACAUCUGCCUUAGAGGACCAGGAAACUUCCCCUGAGAAAGCCAGUAAUGGAAUCGAAGAAUCGAUUACGACAGUUUCUCAGAGCGACGCAGAGAAGGUUAAAACAGUAGAUAUCGUGCGAAACGACAAUCCAGCUUUGCCAAAUGUCGAGCCUUUAAAUGAUGAUGAUGUGACUGACGAUAUUACUCGUGGCAGUAAGCAUAGCCGCAUUGUUAGUCCCUGCAAACCUUCAUCGUCUUCACUUCCUAGUAAAACGAAAUCGAGUUUGGCGAGGUCGGUUUUAACACAAACUGAUAGAGAACGAAUACCCGACAUGGGGCAUGAAGGGGAAAAAUUACAUCCACAAGGAAGAGAUGAACCAUAUAGGGACGUUUUCCAGAGAUUUUAUGUGAAUAGACAUCAGAAUCUAUCACCCCAAACCAAUUUUAGCCGUAGAAGAGGUAGAUUCACUAUCCGGAUUAACUCUGUCCAAGGUGAAUGGGAUUUUAAUCCAACAAUCUCUCCAGGAAAUUACAAUGAUCAAGUACCACCACCCUAUGAUGCCCGUAGACGUAAAUACAUGCCUGCUGUUUCUGAUGAUGAUAUUGAUCAAAACCAUUAUAAAAUGAAACCCGAUGGUCCAUUUCGUAGCGCUGGUGAUCAUCGAGGUAGACAGAUAUUAGACGACGAAGGCCCCCUUUUUUGUCAUAUGGCCUCUAGGAGGAAGUCGCCUGGUCGAAGAGAUGGGCCUCCUCCAGUGCGAGGUGUUAAAAUGGUACACAGAAUGCCUAGAAACAUCAGUCCAAGUAGAUGUAAUCGUGAACGUGGAUCGGAACUGGUUGGACCGCGACACGGUGAGAAGUUCAUGAGGACAUUUGAAGACGAAACUAUGGAUCCAUUAUACGCCCACCCUCAACCUUCGUUUGAAGUAGAUCGGCCUCCUUUUAUCCGAGACCGAAGGAACUUUCCUAUUCAAAGAAAAAGUUUUCAAAGAGUUGAUUCUAAAUCUCCAGGAAGGUCCAGAGGACGCUCUCCUUCCCAAUGGUUUCCAUCCAAAAGAAAGUCUGAGAGGUUCUUUGGACAUCCAGAAAUGGCACGGCGAAGUCCUCCACCCGGUUAUAGGAUGAGAUCGCCCGAUCAACCUCCUCAAAUCCAUGGAGAUAUGCCAGAUCGAAGACAUGGUUUCCCGUUUCCGUCACUGCCACCUAAUGAUUUGAGGGAUAUGGGUUCUGCUCGUGACCAUGGCCAUAUGAGACCAGGUCUACGAAGUCGAAACCGAACCGACAGAAUGUCUUUUAGAAACAGGAGGUUUGAAGAUAUGGAUCCUCGAGAUAAUAGGAUAGAGAGUAACGAAUACUUCGAUGGACCUGUACAUCCUGGUCAAAUGAAUGAACUGAUUGAUGAUGGCAACGACGACGAUCGAAGAAGGUUUUCGGACAGACACGAACAUCUUCACCAAUUCCGGCCACAAUGUAAUGAUUCAGACGGUGAAAACUAUCACAACGAUGCAGACGAAAGAGCGAGGCCUUACAGAUACUGCACGGAGGAUGAAGAAGAGUUCCAUGAAAGAGGUAAGAUGAGGGAGAGGGAAUUUGAUAGACGUGUAAAGAACCAACCAGAAAAUUUAGGUAGACGAACAGUGAUUGAAGAACAUGAAGUAGAAGAAUACAGACAUGGUCAUGGUCGGCAGAUGUGGAAUGAACAUCAUCACCAUCAUCAUCAUCAUAGCUUUGAAGACAUUUCCCGAAUGAAAAGAAAAAGAAUUUGAAAUUUCCUUUUCAAUUCAGCUCAGAAGCCAGGUGAGAUUCAGAAGAAGCUGCAUUGUUCUUGUGCUUAGGAGGUGUUUGGAUCCCUUUUAUAUAGAAAAAUGGCCUGCUGCUCAUUGGAUGGAUGGACUUAUCCCAUCCAUAUCUUAUUAAAUAUUAAAACAAUUCAUUCACUUAAAAAUAUAAUUCAAUUCAAUUUCCUAA